GUUUGAAAUGCUUUCAGCACUCACUUCCCUCCAUCUCCCUCAUCAUCAUCAUCAUCUUCUCCACACCUUCACCUCCCCAUUUGAGCUCAAACAACUCCAUGCCCAUCUCAUCAAAACCAACACCCCCCUCUCUUCCCUCCCCCUCACCCGGAUCGCCUUCGCUUGCUCCCUCACUCCCUCCUUCUCCUACGCCCACAAACUCUUCCACCACCUCCAAAACCCCGAGAUCACCGCCUGGAAUUCCUGCCUCAAAGCCUUCGCCGAAGGCGAAAACCCCGCUGAUGCAUUGCUCCUCUUCCACCAGCUGCAUUGCUUCAAUGUAGCUCCUGAUCAUUUCACCCUCUCUUUCGUUCUAAAGGCGUGCACUCGCUUGGUGGAUUUUAACACCGGCAGAGUGCUGCAUUGCUUCGUUGAGAAGCUUGGGUUUCGGUCCAAUCUGUUUUUGGUGAACAUGAUUCUGAAUCUGUAUGCGUUAUGUGGGGAGACUUGGGAUGCACGGAAGAUGUUCGACAGAAUGCCGCAGAGAGAUGUUGUGACGUGGAACAUAAUGAUGACUCUGUUGGUGAAGAGAGGUGAUAUGGAGGAGGCUUAUGGGCUGUUUUCGGGGAUGAAGGAGAGAAACGUGAGGUCAUGGACGCUGAUGAUUUCGGGGUUUGCGCAGAGCGGGAAGCCUAAGGAGGCCGUUCGUGUGUUUUUGGAGAUGGAGGAGGCGGGUGUGAGGGCGAAUGAGGUGACUGUAGGGGCGGUUCUUUCGGCGUGUGCUGAUUUGGGUGACUUGGAUUUGGGAAGGAGAGUUCAUGAGUUCUCGAGCCGGAGUGGGUUUAGGAGAAAUGUUUGGAUUUGUAAUACGCUGAUUGAGAUGUAUGCCAAAUGUGGGUGUCUGGAGGAUGCUCGUAGGGUUUUUGAUGGGAUGAAAGAGCGAACGGUUGUGUCGUGGUCGGCUAUGAUUUCGGGCUUAGCCAUGCAUGGGCAGGCUGAGGAAGCUUUGAGGCUUUUCUCAGACAUGAUUGAGAGAGGGAUGGAGCCAAAUCAUGUGACUUUUGUUGGAUUAUUGCAUGCUUGUAGCCACAUGGGGUUUGUCGAUAAGGGUCGUGAGUUCUUUGCCAGUAUGACUGCAGAUUAUGGUAUAGUUCCAAAAAUUGAGCAUUAUGGUUGUAUGGUUGAUCUCUUAAGCCGGGCAGGGCUCCUUCAUGAGGCUCACGAGCUUAUCAUGAACAUGCCUAUCAAACCUAAUGGUGUUGUGUGGGGAGCUCUCCUUGGUGGAUGCAAAGUUCACAGAAACAUUGAACUGGCUGAAGUAGCAACAAAGCACCUUGCUGAACUGGAUCCACUGAACGAUGGAUACUAUGUUGUCUUAUCAAACAUUUAUGCGGAGGCACAACGGUGGGAGGAUGUGACGAGAGUGAGAAGGCUAAUGAGGGAUCGAGGGGUGAAGAAGACGCCUGGGUGGAGUUCAAUCACAGUAGAUGGAGUGGUCCAUGAGUUUGUUGCUGGGGAUGAAACCCAUCCUCAAGCCGAGGAGAUCAUCCAAAAGUGGGAGAAGCUACUUGAAACAAUGAAGAUGAAGGGUUAUGUGCCCAAUACUUCAGUUGUUCUACUAGACAUGGAAGAGGAUGAAAAGGAGAAAUUUCUCAAUCGCCAUAGUGAGAAAUUAGCACUGGUGUUUGGGCUGAUCAAAACGAAGCCUGGAACACCAAUUCGAAUUAUGAAGAAUCUUCGCGUUUGUGAGGACUGUCAUGCUGCUUUAAAACUAGUAUCAGAAAUUGCUGACAGAGAGAUAGUUGUGCGUGAUAGAAAUCGGUUCCAUUGUUUCAAAAAUGGUUCUUGUUCCUGCAGGGAUUACUGGUGAUAUAGGGUCUUAGAAAAGUACAUUAUACAUUUUGGCUAACAUUAUUGUAGUCAUUUGUCAAAGAAACUGGGAAUGUACAUCUGUAUGCUACUCUUAUCUGUAACAAAGCACGAUUCAAA